UCGAGAUAAAAAACCAAAACUGUAAAAGAUCCCUUUCAACCCAUAUAAACUACCAGAUUAUCAUGUUGAUUUGAUUAACUUCUUGAUAGUUUGAUCAAAUUGAUUUCUUAGUCUAGUAAUUUUCACUUUUCAACAAAUCUAAAUUGUUUUUCUUCAGAAUUGACGACCAAUUAAUGAGGUAGGUGCAAGAUUUCCAGCUGUUUUGCAUCCCGUCCAUAUAUUUGAUCUUGAACCCGUGGCAGUGCACCCGCCAAUCCAUAGGGGGAGCAGCAGUGAGACCAGUCGGCGGUUGGUUGGCGGCGCCGCUUCCGGAACUCAAGAAAUCCACCCAGGGCAAACCAAGCCCAUCAGUAGUGAUUAGAAAAUGGGGGAAGAAUCACAUAGUAUACAAGUUAGCGGCAUGCAGUUCUCCUACGACGCUAAUUCCCCUUUGUUCUUCGAUUUCAGUCUCAACAUCUACCCAGGAUCGCGGUGCCUCCUCGUGGGCGCCAAUGGAUCUGGGAAGACGACUUUGCUGAGGAUAUUGGCGGGGAAGCAUAUGGUGGGAGGGAGAGAUGUGGUGAGAGUGUUGAACUGUUCGGCUUUUCACGACACGAGUCUCGUUUGCAGUGGUGAUUUGGCAUAUUUGGGAGAAUCUUGGAGUAAAACUGUGGGCUCUGCUGGCGAGCUGCCGCUCCAAGGAGACUUCUCUGCAGAACAUAUGAUUUUUGGAGUUGAAGGGGUUGACCCUGUUAGGCGAGAUAAGCUGAUUGAGUUGUUGGAUAUUGAUCUUCAUUGGAGAAUGCACAAAGUUUCUGAUGGUCAACGUCGUCGAGUCCAGAUCUGCAUGGGUCUCCUUCAUCCUUACAAGGUACUUUUGCUUGAUGAGGUCACUGUCGACCUGGAUGUCGUGGCUAGGAUGGAUUUGCUGGAAUUUUUCAAGGAAGAGUGUGAACAGAGAAGAGCAACAAUUGUUUAUGCAACUCACAUUUUUGAUGGGCUGGAGACCUGGGCAACCGAUCUUGUUUAUGUUCAAGAGGGUGUACUGAAGAGGUCAGAUAAACUAGCUGAUCUGAAAGAACUGAAGAAUAACAUGAAUUUGCUCUCUGUCGUUGAGUCGUGGCUCCGGACUGAAACUAAGAUUGAAAAGAAAAAACCAGUCAACUCUCCAUCCCCACUCCAGAAAUCCUCUCCGUUUGAUAAUUCUCCUUUUAGGUCUUCAAGACAUAUGGCAUACUACCGUUGAUCCGCUGUGUUUCAGUCAAGAUCGAACCCACCCCACAGUCCAAAGUAUGCAUCUGCUUAUAGAAGUUUUGUUCUUGCUGCUGUAGCAAAACAAAACAUAUGUGUCUGCUUUCUUUCUUAUUCGUCUUUAGGGUCAUAUGAUUUGAAAAUUUCAUUCACACUUAUGUAUCGUUACAGUUCACUCAUUUUGGCAAAAAUCACAUUUUCUGUUCA